CUGCAGAGUCUGAGCCGGCUGUCCCAGCAGAGCCCUGAGGCCCUGGCCCCCCUGCAAGGACACACCCUGGUGUUUGCUGACCAGUCGGCUAUGAACGCCUCUGGACACGUGAUGCUGGGGACCAUGGAUGUCCACCAUCAGUGGACCAAACUGUUCCAGCAGCUGGCCAGCUACCGCAGCGUCCAGCAGCAGGCCGAGUGGCUGCAGGAGAGGAUCAGCCUCCUGCUGGGUGGAGUCCAGGUGGUGCACACGGAGCGGCUGGGGCCGGUCCAGCCCAUCGCCGAGCACUACGGCACGCUGAGCAGCUUCCACAAGAGCCUGAUGUCCAGACGGCUGCACCUGCACCCGCGCAGCCUGCACGGCCUCACCAUGAUGCUGGAGAAUGACCGCUCCACCCCCAGGCUUCAUGAGAUGGGACACUUCCUCAUCCCCACUAACUGUGACCCCCCCAAGCUGCAGGUGUUCCUCCAGAGCCACGCCCCUGAGGCCAGACGGCGAACCCUGCGCAGGAAGCAGCUGCAGGCUGAGGAGGAGGCGGUGGUCAGGGCCUGCGUGCAGACUCUGUCUCUGAGCAGCCUGAGCAGGGAGCCCAGCGUCAGCUCCGGUCAGAUGAUCCAGUGCUGCCAGCGGCUGCUGGAGCAGCGCCCCCCCCCUCCUGCAGGGCCUGCACAUCUGCGUACUUCCUGUGAGGGGCCCGUCCAGCAGCCCACUGCAGUGCCCCGGUGGGACCCCAGUGGGACCCCAGUGGGACAAGACCUCAGGACAGCUCCCCCCAAACCACCUCCUUGUUUCUAG